AAUUUGUCUAAUUGGCAUGUUAAAUCAUUGCAUUAUCAUUUCCUUAAACACGUUUUACCAAACGUAAUACUAUUCACAAAUACCGUUCAUUCAAGGAUUACACUUGAAAUUAUUCUUGAAAAACCGUAUCCGUAUCAAUAGCACGCUUAUAAAAAUCAAUCCAUAUAAGAAUCAUUUCUUUACACGCCUGCAGCUUAUAUUCGUCGCAAUACUUCUAGGCUAGAUAUGAGAAAUACGGUCAGCUCUGAAACGGUGAAGGAAUGCCGGAGUCCCCCACUGAUUUCGCAUACUCGUUCCACUGCUGCCCCCGGCCCUCAGUAAAUUGUACAGAGAUGGACUCCCCACUUCAUAGGCAGAAGCACCUGUUGCGCAGCUACCUGUUUUACUCGAUCCAUGGGGCCGUUCUCUCGUUUCUCUUUCUCUUGCUGCUUUUCUUUCUCUUUCCCUUCAGUAUCGUGCACGGUGCGACGGCAGUAGGACGGUUUCUGAUCGCGGUGCUGACUCUUUGGUAAAGGGCAACGACUUCAACAAAGUGAAAAUAAUGUCUCCUUGUGCACGUCAAAUCGAAUCACGAUAAACAGUGGAAAGCCUGGUUUCGUUCGAAGGUUCCCAGCCCGAAGGAAGAAACAGUGGAUAGGCUGCAGCAGCCAGAUUGGAAAUGCAUUGAAGAGAAGAGUUUAAGAAGGAGCAAUGGAGGACGAGCCGCGGGAUACCUGUUUCGGGGCAGGAAAUGUGGCAGGGGCUGUAAUCGGUACUUUCUUCACAACGAUUCUCCUGCUGCUGGUUACUGCACUCCUUUACAGACAGUGGCGUAAGCAGAAGGGAAAACAUUUAGUAUUGGUAACGGAUCCAGAAAUCGUAGAGGAAGCCUAUGCCUUUGACAAUCCUUGUUUCAAGGAUGUCACAAUAUCGUCGACUAACCGAAUUCGAGAAGGAGCAGUGUCUCUGACACCUAGAGAUAUCCCAGGUAAAGAUUCUGCACGAUGGUCUACCUCCUGGACAUCCUUAGGACUGGGCAGCGACAAACGGAAAACUCUCGACGAUUCGUGCCUUGGACCAAAAGCAACAAGGAUCAAUGUAGUUAGCUUAAAAAGUCGAGAUUUCACUGGAUUGGGAUUUAAUAUUUGUGGUAAUAUGAGAGAAGGAAUCUUUGUUAAAGAUCUUCUACAUCGUGGACCUGCGUCGGAAUCCGGUCGAAUACAUCCAGGGGAUCGUAUAACCAGUAUAAAAAUCAGUUUUCGAAAUAUGGUUUACGAGGAUGCUUUAACGAUUUUAAGCUAUGCUUCGCCAUAUGACGUAAAACUUGAAGUAGAAAGUGGCGGAAUUGGAUCAAAGCCAACCACUCUUUUGAAAAAAAGUGUUGGUCCUAGCGCAGCAAGAAUUUGUCACCCUUUAUACAGGAGUCAGUCGAUCCCAGAACUUUCACAGUCAAAAAGUAUUGCGAAGAGGCUGUUCAUAGUCGAUCCGAAUGAUUCCAUCAAUUCUAAUUACUCGACGAUGAAUUCGACUUUGAAAUCCACAAAGUCUACACCGAAUAGUCAAACGUUUAAAAAAUGCCACGAAGAGUCCAAAAGCAAUCACCAUAAAUUUGGUAUUAAAGUUCUACCCUCCCUUGAUGGAACUGUCCAUCGCAUUGAAAAUCAAAAUGAACACAACACGAAUCUUGAAAGAAGACAUUCGAAAAAACUCGAUGCAGAAAAACAUUUGUCAAGUAUGAAUAAAGCAUUCGCAGUUGGUGACAAGAAGGAAGAAGCUGAACGUCAACAAACGUCACAAGUACUUCCAGCUCCUAAAGGGAAAAAUGAUAUCUUUGAAUUACGUAGUGACACGUCAGAUAAAAACAACAGAAUCAGUGAUACAUCGAUUCAUGUGCCGUCAGAAGUACCGAUGGAAGUCCAUAACGCAGCUAUGGCUGCUCGCAGAAAUCGGAAAAAUAAUUCUGAAUUACAAAAUACAGCGAAAAAUAUAGAAUCUAUCGAGACAGAUGAUUUUAAAAGUCAGCAAAAGAAUAAGAGGAAAGCUCCACUACCGCCGAAGAGCAAUAAUUACGAUGUCGAGUAUAUUUUAUACCCUAUAAAGAAAGAGCCGUCAACUACAAAGGAAUGCGAUUUAAGAAAAGAAGAUGAGAUCAAUAGCAUUGCCGAUUAUACAGAUUCUUUAUCUGAAUAUAUAAAAAAAGUACGCGAAACAGAAAGAAUAGAUGCAUGUGUAGAAGAAAAAGUCGAGACUUUAAUAAUUGAUGGAAGACAUUCUGAAUCUGACACGGACAGUGAAAUUCAGAACAGUUUCACAACUAUCGAAUUGAAUCCGGCUGAUAUAACAAUUCAUCGAACACCUAUACCAGAGACAAAUGACGACGAGGAGGAAGAAGACGAUGUUUACAGGAAAGCUGCAAGCUUAGGUGAUCUAUCAAAGUACGAAUGCAGAACAUCGGCAACACUUGAAAGAGCACAGAGUUUGGAUAUGACGGAUACCGGCACGAAGAAACGUAAAGCACCUCUGCCACCAGAAGAUAUUAAUGAAUCUACAGAAGAUUUAACUAAGCUUGAUCAAAUGGAUACUUUCGAUAGACGAUUAUUAAAAAAAUCGAAUGAAUGGGGUAAUCUUGAAGACGUUGUAUGGCGUAAGAAACAGGAUUCAGAAGAUAAAUUGAAGAAAUCAAAAGUUAGGGAAAAAAGCAACGGUUCGCUUGAACGAUCCAAAUCUGCUAUAGAAAUUAAGUUAAAAAAUGAAACUUCUGACUCAAAAGAAAUAAAUCCUACAGACAACGAAACUAGCAUUGAACUUUAUAACCUACCCUUGAGCAAAAGGCUUACAGAAGAAUUUAUUCAUGCAGAACGGAUGUUCAAUCCAGAUGAGGAUAAUUCCUUGGUCAGAAUUGUUAACGAUGGAAAUGUUAUUAAAAGUCCGACAAUCGAAGAAGUAGAGUUACAAUUUAAAACGAAAGCGUCAUUGCCUGAUGAUUUUAGCAACAACAGUAUGAUCUUGAAUGAACAAUUUUCGGAUGAUGAGAAAAUAGCAAAUAAAGAUUUCGGGCAGGCUUUGAAACAUUUUGAAACGUACGUUCAGAAGCCAACAUUCUCAGAUUCGUCCAAACAUGAUUUAUCUCGUUUCAAAAACUGGAAGAAAGAUAGUUCAUUAACACCGAACGAAAUGAUUUCGUAUGCCGGUAAGAAAGCUGUCAAUGAAGAACCAGUGACAAAAAUUAAUAUUAAAAGAGGGUGUCACGCAUGCGAUGAAAAUUGCAAUCGUCAUGAAACUUGCAAGAAGAAAUCUUUUCCUAUGAAAAGAUCAUCUACUCCGAUACCUUUGCAAGAUCAUUUUUCGAAUUCAGUAGGUGGUAAUGGUUCUAAUUCGAUAACAAUUGACGAAGAACUACCGAACUCGAUAUCUCACGCGCAUGAAUCGACGAAAGACAAGGAAGAUAGAAACAAAACAUCAAACAUAAAUUCGAAGACGCCGUCAAAACGUGUGGUUGAAGUUUCCAUUAAUCCAAGAAUGGACCAAGAAAAUGACGAAGACGAAAAUGAAUACGAAUUCGGUUCUGGUGUAACUAUAAAUAACAAAAAUUUGUUUGAUCGUGAGGAUCGUCGUAAUAUUAACAAUAUCAGUGUUUCAAGUGGUGAAAACAGUGAAGAUAGCGGAUUAGUUGGUGAAUCGAUGGAUUAUAAUUCACAAGACUUUGACAAUCGGCCACCACUCCCAAAUACGCCAAUGCCGCAAAAAAUGACUUAUAUCACGGAAAUCAAACUUUCUACUAGUAGAGAAGAAUUCCAAGAAGAUGAUAACGAGGACAGUGAAACGCUUUCCACGAUGGAAAGCAAGGGUAAGAAAUCGACGCAAAAUGAAAUCAAAAUGACAUCGAAUGGGAAAUCCGCUUCUAAUAAAAAGCCUCCUGUUCCACCUAGAAGAGCAGACAUUACAAAAUCUAGUAAGAAAGGAAAUACUGAGAAGCAAGUUAUUUAUGUAACCGAAUAUAAAUCUAAUGAGUCGAAAGAAUUGGAUGAUUCAGAGGCGAGCCAUGAAAUCAAACAAUUAGACAACUGGUCCGCAGAAACAUGAUCAACAGAUUGUUUUAGGGGAUAAGAGAUAAGAUCGAUCAUAAAGAUAAAGUAUUAGCGAAUCAUGAAUAAUCGAUAAUAUGUUUUCAUACCCCUUUAUAUAUAAUUUUCAAUCGUAUCUCUCACGUUGAAAUUCAAAUUGAAAGUAGUAAAUUAUGUAAAUUGAUGAAGCAAUGAGUAAAUUGCAGCAUUGCGAAUUGAACAUCGUUUUCUUCUGUUAAUCAUCUUCUUUUAGUACGAAAAUAACAUAUUAACAAAUAUUAUAAUCGACUAUGAAAAUUUUAAUACUAUAUACACCUAAACAAUAAUUAGAAUAUACUGUACUUAAAGUUCUUUACACGAAGAAAUCAGACUUCGAUUUAUAUGUACGUGUUCGAUUAUAUGUCGCGUAUAUUAUUACAUAUAGUGCUCACCCUGAAUAGAUCUGCUCUUGAACUAGUCGAAGGAAAUUUUAUCUAGUAUCUUCUAAAAAGACUGGCUCUUGUUUAAAAACACAUUUUUUAAUCAUUUGAUAAAAAUGUUUAUUGUUAUAAUUUUAUUUAUUUUACAACACAUCUCUUGUUUUAAAAAUUAUUACAAUUAGAGCUUGUAUUAUAUACAUUACAUCUGUGUAAGAUAGUACAGUAUUAAAGAGUAUCGUACGUAUCAAAAAUCGUAUAUACUUUACGUGCGCUCUUUAAAACAUCAUAGUAGGGUAUUACAACAUUGUGGUAUAUUUAUAGAAUGGUUCAAAAUAUUUCAAAACUUAACUAAUAAAAUUCAUCAAUGCAUUUGCAAAUGUAAUAUAAAAUUAUACAAACGCAUAUUAUUUAAAUCUAAUAAUAAAUUUAAAAACAUGAUAUUAAUAAUAUAAUUAUAUAAUUCGUAUAAAAAAUAUAAUUAAAUCGGUUAAAGUUUAAUUUUAAAAUUAAGUUAAAUCAAUUAAAAUUAAAUUUAAAAUAUAUUUUUUACAAAAUAAACGCUGUAAAUUAUUGUAUGCGCACGUUAAAUCGCCAUUUAUUAAAUAUUUACAUAUCUACAUUACUAAACAAGUAAGUUCUAAGACAAUAAAUUAAAAACUAAUAAUGAUAUAUGAAAACAUUAAUGUUAAAAUUAUUGAUAUACGAUUAUUGGUACGAUUGUUGAUAUUAAAAAGGAUAUUUCGCAAUUUGAUUAACACUAACUUUACGCGAGGCAAAAAAAAAGAAAAAUCAUUAAGUUAGUGCUUCUUUCAAAUUUGUAGAGAUAUAAAUAUUAGAUAUAGUUAUGUUACACUUUCUAACUUUUUUACUUAUUAUACUUUAUAUUAACGGGGUAACAUGGGGCAAAGUAAAGUUAUAACAAUAAUUGAAUGAAAUGAAAUAAUAUUAUUAUCACAAAUGAAUAUUAUAUAAUAUCUUCCACUAUACUAUUAAUACACAUUAUCAUUUUAUAUAAAGAAUAAAUUAACAAUUGAAGUAUGAUCAUUUUUUUAAAUAUAAAAUGACAAUUUCUUAAGAAAUAUAAGUUUUAAUUUCUUAAUCUGUAUUAUAUUAAAAUAUAUUUAAUUAAAACCGAUAAUAUAACUUCAAAG